GAUUAAUACAUGCUUAUUUAGCGUAGCUCUAAAAAGCAUUAUGUUGUGAACUCGUUAUAUAAUUUCACGGUUGCCCUUGCGUUGGAGGUAGCGAGCCACAAACAAACCAAAGUUGUUUAUAUUACGAUGCAUUGCGAUCGCAGAAGUUAGUUGUUAAUCACGUCCUUGCGGAGCCUAAGAAGCAGUUCCAACUGCUGCCCGUGGUAGCCCGUGGUACACAUCAGCAGCGACGUUCACGGAAAAGCUUUACUUCCCGCUUUUGGCGCCUCUAGUACCACGCCAACCACGAGAGGCUAUCAUUAAAACGGCCAGGACAUGAAAAUGUCAAGCAAAGCGGCCUCCCGCUCCCAGCCCCACCCUGCAAGACCCCAACACCUCCUCCCGCGCUCGUCCCCUCGCUAUCAACAUGGCAUGCGUGCAAGCGCACACACAGUCCCCCCCUCGUCUUCCCCCCUCGCCCCUCCAUCCUCCCCUGCCUCCCCGCUUGCUGCCGUACAAACCCGUCCCGACCUCUCCCGCCUCACCUCCGACCCGCUGCCGCCGCUGGGCGCCAAGAGCACCGGCCUGCUGCAGCUGGGGCCGGGGCUGUGGUGCCUGCGCCAGCAGUUCUGGUUGGGCGAGGACAUCUGCGUCAACUCGCACAUCGCUCGGCUGCGCAGCGGCGGACUUAUGCUGAUCAGCCCGCCUGCCCCCACGGAGGAGGCGGUGGCGCUGCUGUGCAGCCUGCUGGAGGGGGGCG